CUGUGAGGCGUCCGUCCACAAGGAGCGUCAUGGCAGCUUCAGCUCUCUUUAAAACCUUAUUAUACACAGUCAACAAUCUCCUGCAGCAACACAAAUAUAAAUCUGCCCUGGCAGUCGUCAAAGGCUUCAGGAAUGGAGCUGUAUAUGGGGCUAAAAUUCGUGCCCCUCACGCCCUAGUGAUGACGUUUCUGUUCAGAAGUGGCAGUCUGAGAGAGAAGUUCAGAGCGAUCGCUCAGGCCACGUACACUCACUCCAGGAAUCUGGCCUGCUUUGUGUUGACGUAUAAAGGCCUGCAGGCUCUCCAGCAGCGCUUGCAGGGAAAAGUGCUGCAGUCGCACUCGUUCCUCGCUGCCUGUGUCGGAGGCUGGCUGGUGUUCGGAGAGAAUAACAACAUCAACAGCCAGAUAAAUAUGUAUCUGCUGUCCAGGAUCCUCUUUGCUUUGUCUCGACUGGCCGUGGAAAAAGGCUUCAUCCCGCAGCCCAAGAAAGACCCGUUCCCGCUGUUUGCCGCGCUGGUGUGGGGAAUCGUGCUCUGGUUGUUUGAGUAUCAUCCUCACACGCUUCAGCCGUCGCUCCAGUCCUCCAUGAACUACCUCUAUCACGACAGCAACACGUGGCAUGACAUCUCAGACUUUCUCAUCUAUAACAAACCAAAAACCAAAUGAGAGACUGACAAGUCUAAGCUCUUGCAUUAAACCAUAGAAUCUAGGAAAUUAAGACACCACUUUAUAGAGCCAUAUAACACUGACCGUUCUCAGAACUGUGCUGUCUUACAUGUUGCACUGAAUGAAUUCUUUGCACAUUGUCUAGAUUAUGUUCGCUCCACUUUACAUGAGAUUUACACGUCAUGAUAACUUUAAAGCAUCAUGUAAGAACACAAUCAAACAUGAUUUUAAUUCUCUCAAAAACUAUUUCAGGCCACAUUUCAUCCUAAAGCAAUUAUUUUGCAUGGACCAUUUCAUUAUGUAUAAGGAAAAUGUUUAAUUUUAGGACCAUGCUGGUUAAUUUCUCUAAGUGAUGAUGUGUAAAUACAUAACAUUUUUAAAACGUAUGCUUUUUUGCAUCAUGCUAAUGAGAAUUGUAAAUCAUGAAACCUGUCAAAAUGUAAUUUUUUAUGUGCAACUUAAAUUCCUCUUUUGCUUUAACGGGGUGAAAUAUGACCUGGGCAUGUUUUGGUGAGAUCCUGCAGUCAGUCGCUGGUGGUUUUGUCUGUACUGUAUGUUAAUGGAUGUGGAUCUGGCAGAUCUGACUACUGUUUUGUUAAACAGCACUUUUUCGGUGUUAUAUUAUAUUAUAAAGUAACCUAACAUCACAAUCUUAAAACAAAAUAAUUGUCAUAAUCUAUUCUGUUGAUUAAUGUUAAUAAUAGUUUAAUUCCGGAUUCUCGCCACAGCAUUGUUAAAUUGGAUAGGAACUUCAAAUAUUUUAUACUUUUGCUGAUUGCAAAAGUUUUAUUAAUCAAAAUGCACGGGCUAUGAUAUGAUCAACAGUAUGUUGAAAUACAAAAAUAAUUUUGUGCCUUUAUAUUCACUAGUAAUUUUUUUCAUGUGUUGCGUUGGUGUGGUUUUAAUCUAACAAUGUAUGUAUUAACUGAUUAAAUACAGAACCAGAAUGUU